GUGAGAGAGUGGUGAGGUUUAUUGUUUUGGUAUUAUUGGGAAGCAAAGUUGCAAUGAGAGCAGAAGGUGUCAAUGGACAAUAUCCGGCAUUAUUUGCAUUUGGAGACUCAAUCCUUGAUACCGGAAAUAACAACCUCCUUGCAACAGCAACUAAGAGUAAUUUCCCUCCGUACGGUAGGGAUUUUAUCGGAGGAAGACCAACCGGAAGAUUCGGUAACGGCAAAGUCUUAUCAGAUGUCAUAGAACUUGUGUUGUACGAAGCUGGGGCUUUGGGAAUCAAGGACAUAUUACCAGCAUACCUUGACCCAUCCUUGAGCAACGAAGACCUUGUAAGCGGCGUGUGCUUCGCUUCUGCGGGAAGUGGGCUUGAUGAUACGACGGCCCGAGCACAGGGAGGAGUUUUGACUAUGUCGGCCCAGCUAGAAAAUUUCAGAGCCUACAUUGGAAGGCUGAAAUCAGUUGUUGGAGAAGCACGAGCCAAUUCCAUCAUUUCAAAUGCCCUCUAUCUUAUCUCUGCCGGAAACAACGACGUUGCCUUCACUUUUAAUACCUUGAAGAUUGCCAUGCCAUUCCCUCUUUACGUGAAUCAAUUAAUUGGGUGGAACAACGCUUUUCUGCAGGGCCUAUAUCAACUUGGAGCAAGAAAAGUGUGGGUUCAAAGCACAGUGCCAUUGGGGUGCUUACCUGCUGGGAGAACCACAGGUGGAGGACCCUUAAGGCUUUGUGCUGAGGCCGCCAAUGGAGAAGCACGCAUCUUCAAUGCCCAAUUAGCAUCAUCUCUUCAGUCUUUGCAGUCCACCCUCCCUGGCUCUUCCCUUCAAUUCAUUGAUGUCUUCACUCCAUUUCUUAAUAUCAUACAAAAUCCUGUUGCUUCAGGGUUUGUAAACGCUGCAAAUGGAUGUUGUGGAACUGGAACAUAUGAGGUGGCAGAGACAUGUAAUAUGCUAGUUCCUACGUGUCCAAAUCCUGCAUCUUAUGUUUUCUGGGAUGCUGCCCAUCCUUCUCAAGCAGCUUACGCCCGCGUCGUGGCUUCUAUAUUAUCAUCCAAACCCAAACUUAUCGAUAAUUAUAAUGCUUCCACCUAUUAUUAAUUACACUUCCUUUACAAAUAAUAAAUUACUAGCUAUAGUAUUGUACUAAAUAUUCUCAUAGCAUGUU